GGCCAAGCAUUGCUACACUGAGUCCCCCUGGUUGACGGCAUCGGGCUGAGAAUGCUGCUCACAGGCCCUGCUCCCAGGCACUCUCCCGCUCGGCCAGCUUACUAAGUUCCUUGACCGUCUCCUUGGUCAGCAGAACUCUCCUACCUAGGGUUGAACCCCGAAGGACACCUGCCCCAGCCAGCUUCUCUGUGACUUCUGCCGUUGCUGGAUCCCCCUACCUCUCCUAACUGUUGCUGGCCCUGCUCCUCACCUGCUCCCCCCUCCCCUAGCCAUGUUGCCCCUCUGCUUUGUGGCUGGGCUGUUGCUAGCCGCUGUGCCAGGGCUGUGUCAGGGAGAUGAGGCCAUCCACUGCCCACCUUGCUCAGAGGAGAAGCUGGCACGCUGCCAGCCUCCAACGGGCUGUGAAGAGCUGGUCCGGGAGCCUGGCUGUGGCUGCUGCGCCACCUGUGCCCUGAGUAAGGGGAUGCCCUGUGGCGUGUACACUGCCCGUUGCGGCUCAGGCCUGCGCUGCUACCCACCUCGGGGGGUGGAGAAGCCCCUGCACACGCUGAUGCACGGACAAGGGGUCUGCAUGGAGCUGGCAGAGAUUGAGGCCAUCCAGGAGAGUCUGCAGACCACGGACAAGGAGGAAAGUGAGCACCCCAACAACAGCUUCAGCCCCUGCAGCAGCCACGACCGCAAAUGCCUGCAGAAGCACUUAGCCAAAAUCCGGGUCAUGACCAGCAACAGUGGCAAGAUGAAGAACCUCGGGAGCGCAGCCCACCGGGAAGAGAGUCGACCCAUGACUCAGGGUUCCUGUCAGAGUGAACUACAUCGGGCUCUGGAGCGGCUGGCAGCAUCUCAGGGCCGCACCCACGAGGACCUAUACAUGAUCCCCAUUCCCAACUGUGACCGAAAUGGCAACUUCCACCCCAAGCAGUGCCAUCCAGCCCUGGAUGGGCAGCGGGGGAAAUGCUGGUGUGUAGACCGGAAGACAGGAGUGAGGCUCUCUGGAGGGCUGGAGCUGAGAGGAGAGUUGGACUGCCAUCAGGCGUCGGAAAGCCUCCGAGAUUGAGCUGUUUGAGGCCCACAGGCAGGGGUUCCCCAAGCACCGCCCCCCCACCCAAGAGACCAAGGAACCCACUGACUCUGUGUUUGAAUUGGGGAGGGUGGAGGGAGAUCACAGAGUCCUUCUUUCCUCCUCCCUGACCUGGCCUUAAUUUCUAAUCCAGAUUUCUCCCCUUGGUGUGAGUGUGCCCCUUAAGAAAUCCUUCUUUGGGCUCUGGUAGCCCAAGAUCAGGGAGUGUGUAGACUCCCAUGGCUAUAUCCCCAAAUUGAUCCUGAAUUCCAGUCUUCAGCCUCCUGGGGAUGUAUGCUCCUCACCCUCUUAGUCUGGUGGGCCAGGGGAAUGGGUACCAGAAAAGGGUUGGUCUGUAGAAGAGAAUUCUCAGUCUAGAAAGAAUACUAUAGAGGCAGCUCAGUGUAAUGGUUAGAGAGCUGACCGCAGUACCAGAAGAACCUGGGUUCCAGACUGGCUGUGUGACUCUAGGCAAGUUAAUUAAUCUUUUAAUUCUUGAAGACUCCAAGUUACAGAGAAGAAGUCAACUUGCACUACUAAAGAGAAUUUCCUUUCUUGGAAACUCCUAUACCAGUGCCGUCACAGAUCCAGUCCCUGUCCUGGAGAAAGUAAUAGGGAGAGGACAAACACUUGGUCCUAUUCUUCUAACCACUUUGGGCCUUAGGGUAGGUAGGGAGUUUGGAGAUGGCCCAAAUGCAGUUUUUGUGGGUCAAGGAUGUGGAUGGGGAAAGAGAAUUGUGAGAUUCAGCCAACAAUCCCCCCGCUCCAGCUCUUCUCAAUCAAGUAGAUAACUAGAUUUUUUGCUUUUUUUGCUUCCCAUGCCCAAAGAUUCUCCUCCCCCUUCCUGUCCCCUCCUGACUCCUUACUUUAGGUACCCUGGUCAUUGGCUUCCUGCAAGAUCCUGUGUUGCCUCCUAUAGCCCAGACAAAGAAGACAGCACAUUGGCAAAUCACUUAGCCAGGAGACUCAUAUUCACACUGAUGGGGGUGGUUCUUUGGGUUAAGGGGGAAAGGAGUGGAGGCAGGGGGAAAGCAGGCUUGAGGAGGGACUAGUAAGUCAGGAAAGAACCAAUAGCCAAAAUUUCAGGCACUAUUGGACUUCAGGUCUCCUUCCCCAUCCUGGCCCAGCCUUCCUGCUCUUCCCCCCUUGUCCUAUGCAGCAUCUCCUUCCUGAUGGCCAGCCUGGCCAGGCUUUUCCCUGUCACUUCUGUGGGAUACACUAUUCUGAGACAUGCCAGUUUUCUUCCAGCAGACGGCGGGUCACUGAACCAUGUUUUGCAUAGGGACCUACCAAAUCAGCAAUUAGUGAUGUUUGCUUGUUGUUGUAUGUGUGUGUGUGUUUUUUUUUUUAAAACAAAACAAAACAGAAAAAUAUCCCA